UCUUCGUACUCUUAACCAAAUGUUAUGUGGAUGAAAUGGAGCUCUGGAAAAGCCUCUGAAGACUUCUUUACGAUAACUUCCCCCGCCGUCCAACUUCUUCUUCGGCGUCCACGGCGGGGGGACGCGAUCGUGUCGAAGUCCGCGGAUCCGCGAAAUGAAAGUGAACUCAUUGGUGGUAUAAAAGCGGCUGGCACACAAAUCUCAGCAUCCAGUAUAUCGUCUGGAAUCAUCCAGUCGCAUUUUCCAUCAUUGUUCUUGCACGUGAAUAUAGUACAAUGAAAACAAUAUAUUGUAUUUGUGCCCUCCUCCUGGUGUCGACGGUUCGUGCCGGAGAGACAGAGGACAAGAAGGCGACAAAGAAAGCCGAGCCCCUUGAGAAGAAGCUCGAUAAGCGUGGUCUUCUCAAUCUUGGCUACGGUUAUGGGAUCAAUGGUCUGGAUCUGGGCUAUCUCGGCAGUGGCCAUGGAUUAGGAGGUGCCUACCAUGGUGGAUUCUCCCAUGGAGGAUACUCUUCUUUCGAUCACAGCGGCAGCGGCUAUGGCGGAUACGGCCAUGGAUUCCUUCUGGGAGGACACACAGAUGUUACCAAGACCGUAACACUCUUGAAGGGUGUCCCAGUGCCUCAUGUCGUUGAGAAGCACGUCCCAGUUGUUCAUGAGAAGCAUGUACCAUACCCCGUUAAAGUGCCCGUGCCCCAGCCCUACGAAGUGGUCAAGCAUGUGCCCGUUCAUGUUAAGGAGUACGUGAAGGUGCCCGUUCAUGUGCCCCAGCCCUACCCAGUUGAGAAGAAGGUUCCAGUUCCAGUUCAUGUUCCCGUUGACCGUCCCUACCCCGUCAAGGUCCUGGUCCCUCAACCCUACCCCGUGGAGAAGCACGUCCCAGUUCCCGUAAAAGUUCCCGUACCCCAACCCUACGAAGUCGUCAAGCACGUCCCAUACCCAGUUAAGGUAGAGGUUCCAGUGCCUCAGCCAUACCCCGUUGAACGUAAGGUUGCUGUACCCGUCAAGGUUCCCGUCGACCGUCCCUACCCCGUUCACGUUCCCCAACCCUACCCAGUGCAUGUGGAGAAACCCGUGCCUUAUGUGGUUGAGAAACCAGCUCCCUAUCCCGUCCACGUUCCCGUUGACAGGCCCGUUCCUGUUGUGCACGAAAAACCCUAUCCCGUUCCCGUUAAGGUGCCCGUCAAAGUGCCCGUAGUCCACGAGAAGCACGUCCCUGUAGUCCAUGAGAGACACGUUCCCGUUCCCGUCAAAGUUCCCGUCCAUGUCCACACCGACGUCCACCAUCAUCAUGAUCUCCACCACGAUGUCCAUGACUUCCACGAUGGCAGCUACACCAGCUUCAGUGGCCUUGGCGGAGAAUACUCCUACCACCACUAAGGUGUCCAGGUUUCAACCAAAAUUCCCCUUCUUAGUCCUUGCCUUCCCGUCAAAAAUUGCCAAGAGGAAAGAGAUUCUCUCACAAAUUCUACUUUGCUGAAAUUUAACCCCCACCUGGAAGUUCUCUUUCAUCUCUGAGAUCUCCCCCGUCAAUCCUUAGCUACUGCAUCCGAUCCCAGCUUUCCCCGACUUGUGUAUAAUUUAUAUAUUUGUGUACCUUUAUAGUGUUUUUUACCAUUAAUUUGUGUAUAAAAAAAAAGAGAUGUAUAAAUAAAGAAGAAUGAAAAAAAAAACAAAUAACAAA